CCACAGGACAAAAUUAUUCCACGAAUGCCACCCUAACAUAGCUGCAGACGAUCCGGCUAUCAUUGGAGUAUUAUGAGUGAUAAAUGUCUGAUUUAACUCAAUCAACUCAAACUAAUCAGCUUUAAAGCACAAAACCUUUCAUAUAAUUUUAACAUAAAAAGAAUGAAGAAAUUGUGUUACUUCCCGAGUCAAGACAAACGUGCACUUGCGAGGGAAAGAAAAACAAGGUUUGGUAGAAUGUUCCAGACAAGUGGUGUCAGGUGGAUCAUCUCCGGCUAAUGUGUUGACUUGAGAAUUCACUCAUCUGCGGCGAUAACCCCGAGUGAAAGGUGAGACGACUACGCGCCCAGAGCCAAGAACUUGUAGCAGACGACACUAGAAGGUGGAGGUAGACCGUGGCAACAUCCUUGUGGCUGUGGAGUUAUACAACUCUGUGUAUAUAAUUUAAAAAAGUUUCAACAACGGACCUCCACUUGUCAGAAUCUGAAUUCUUGGAGCAGACGUUGCUGUCGUGUUUGUGAUUUCCAUGGAUAGCAAAAAAUAUUGGCAUUAAAUUCAGUUCAGCUUUUGGAAUCACGCAGGAUACCAUCCAGUAUUUUGUAUCCUGUACCAGCGAAAUACAGAUGGGAGUCGGAUGAGUUUAUUGUAAUUUAUGCCGUGUGAUCGACUUUCAACGCUAACAAAGCUUUACAAUGUUUAACUCUUCAGUGUCGUUAUACUAAUUCAGAAAACAAGUCCUGGAUAUUAUUUGGAGUGUUCAGAGUCCCGGAUGUAAGUGGAAAAAGGUGUUUGUGUAUAUCUGACUGGCUUUUCUAGACUAAAACUUUUUCUUCCUUUGGACGUGUCUGCUGAAUUCCAGAAAACUAUUUUACCACCCCACCAGUCUAACUAUAGAAGUUUGUUAAGUGAAACUUGAGAGAAGACAAGAGAGACAACAGCGUCAACACCCAAACGACGAUUUAUUUGGAGACACCAGCUACACCUAGAGCAUUCGCAGACAUUUUUACGAGUAGCAAAAAGCACUUCUUCAGUUUGUGUGUUUGGAGCUGGGGAUGUACCUGUUAUCAGACUGACCGAGUUACCCUCCCGUGACCUGCAAACUGUGACGUGUGACCUGCGAAGAUGUGGCCGUCGUCAAGUGUGUCGGUCAAGGGUCACGUGAUAUCAGUAUCCAGCCUCUCGUUCGCGAUCUUCGUACUGCUAACGGUUCCCUCCAGUGGAUUUGUACUGACAGACGACUUGUUCAACUCGCUGUUCCAGCCUGUGGUGGAGCCCACCUUCAAGGCCAAGGUUGAGACGUUAGGCGCAGUGCUCAAGCGGCACGUGCAACAAUUACGAUCGACGGAAAACAGACAAGUAGACCUGGUGUUCCUGGUAGACAGCUCUGCUAGCGUGGGUGGCGCCUACUUCAAGGAUGAGAUCAAGUUUGUCAAGAAGCUUCUGGCCGACUUCACGGUGGACCUCAACACAACGCGCGUGUCCAUCAUUACGUUCUCGUCACGUGAGAAGGUUGUGCGCCACGUCGACCACCUGACCAACCCUAACGACCAGAACCACAAGUGCUCGCUGUUGAUGGAGGAGAUCCCCAGGAUCAAGUAUAUCGGUGGGGGCACCUACACCCUCGGGGCGUUUUUGGAAGCAAAGAGAGUGCUACUGUCCGCGAGGUCGGACUCAGUCAAGGCCAUCUUUUUGAUCACCGACGGCUUUUCCAACGGUGGCGACCCACGGCCCGAGGCCCGGCGGCUCAAAUCCGAGGGGGUCAAAGUCUUUACCUUCGGCAUUCGCAACGGCAACGUGCGGGAACUCUGGGAAAUGGCUUCUGAGCCUCGCAAUGAAACCUGCUAUAUCCUCAACUCUUUUGAGGAGUUUGAGGCCUUGGCGCGACGUGCACUUCAUUCAGAUCUUCACUCAGGUACAUUCAUUCCGCAACCUGCCAAGAAGUGCAGCUACUUGUGCACCAGUGAUGGGUACUGUUGCCAUGCCAACGCAUCGUGCUCCUGCGGUACACAUACAGGAAAAUACGAAUGUCUGUGCAAGCCAGGUUACUAUGGUAACGGAGUCGGCAAAGAUGGAUGCAAACCUUGCCCACCAGGGACUUAUAAGGACUUCCGAGGGUCGGGCGAUGUUUCCAUCUGUAAACCAUGUCCUGAUGAGAACCAGGUGACAAUAGCUGGAGCAACUCUCGUGCAAGAGUGCAAGUGCAAACGAGGUUUCCGAGAUUUCAACUCGUCAGAGUGCACAGUGUUUAGGUGCCCAGAACUACAGGAGCCCAAGAGCGGCUACUUCGUCAAUAAACAGUGCGACAACGUGUUCAACGCUGCCUGCGGCCUUCGCUGCCAGCCGGGAUACGAACUGCGUGGUUCCAGCCUCAGGAUCUGCCAAGAGGACGGCACGUGGUCGGGUCAAGAGACGGAGUGUGUGUUGAAGACCUGUCCUGCGCUGCCGUCGCCCAAGAACGGCCACAUGGUCUGCACCACGGACGACUUUAGCUACCCGACCGUGUCGUUCACCUGCCAAGCUGGGUAUCAGCUCCUGGGCUCACGCAAGCGGUCAUGCUUGGCCAUCGCUCUGUGGACCGGCAUCGCCACACGCUGUAGGGAAAUCACCUGCGCACCCAUUCCCGAAAUAAGGGACGGAACCAUCCACCCGGCUGCCUGCACCAAAGGGGAGGUAACGUUCGGCACCACAUGUCAGUUGUCGUGUUUACGCGGCUACCAACUGCGGGGCCCCAGCACCAAGCAGUGCACCACGGACGGCACGUGGUCCGCCCCCUCCAACGAGCCCAACCAGUGUCUGGACAAGUCACCACCUUUCAUUCAGUGUCCGGAAAACAUCGAAAUGGCAGCAGACGAUGACAACGAUACAGCGGAAGUGACAUGGACCGUUCCGGUGCCGGUGGACAACUCAGGAUUUAUUCCUGUUCUGACGUCUGAUCCUGCAGUGGUCCCCCCAGCGCCGUUUCCCAUUGGCAUCACCAUCGUCACCUACAGCGCCGAGGACCUGUCACAAAACGUCGCCAAGUGCAAGUUCUACGUCCUCGUCCUCGACAACACGCCUCCAAGGGUAGAUAAAUGCUUCUCCCCCAAGCCAGUUAUAUCCCAUGACAGUCACGGCAACGUCACGUGGGAGGAGCCUAUUUUUAGCGACAAUUCAGGGAAGGUGACGGAGGUUGAAGCGUCUCACUCGCCGGGCCUCUUCCCCCGUGGACGCACACUCGUGACGUACACAGCCUACGACAGCAGCCGCAACAACAACACGUGCACCCUGGAGAUUAAUGUUAUUGCUAACCCUUGCCAGUAUCCAGAUCCGCCAGCGAACGGAGAGCGGACAUGUCGAGAAAGUAAAGAAGGCGUUCACUGCACAUUGUCGUGUCUGGAUGGCUACGCCUUCGUCGUGGAGCCUGCUCCAGAGUAUUUCUGCGCCGACGACAACGGGUGGGGACCGACCGACAAACUGCCAUUCCCCGACUGCGCCGUUCAGAAGAUUUCUAAUGAAGUCAUACUGCCUGCCUCUGUGACCUUGCGAGGUGACCUGUCAUGCGCAGAACACGGUUUCCUUAAUCGGGUGGAGCAAAACAUCAAAGCACGGGUGAACGACAAGGUCUCUACUUUGUGUGAAGAAAAUGUGAUCUGUCAGACUGCCGACAUUACGACCACAUGUGAAGAACAUCAAGACUUCAACAAAAUCAACCUUGUCGUCAAUGGGCGGCGUCGACGAGCGGUGUCAUGGGCAGACAACAAGCACGUGAGGCAGCGAAUAGCUUCCCUUAAAUUCGACUUCACUUUACAAGGGACAGCAAAUUCUACCAAUGAUACACGGGAUGCAAUUGAACAACAGAGGUCGCUGUCCGAGUCCAUGAAGAGGUUACUUCAGGAACUACAGGGCCAGGCAAAGGUCGGAGAGUUCGACAUGUACAUCGCCGGCCGCUGGCUUCGAUUCUCCGACAUGGACUUCGACUUCUUACGUCACAGUUUCCGUUGCCAGGAUGGCAGCGUCCUCGUCAACAAUACUUGUGUGUCCUGCCCACUGGGUAUGUUUUACAAUGUGGUGACACUGCAGUGUCAAAGCUGUCCUAUAAGCACGUACCAGCCGCAGCAAGGACAGUUGUCGUGUCUGGUGUGUCCGGAGAAGACCAGCACAUCCACAGCACACGCCAGGAGCCUGCAGGAAUGUCGUUCUCAGUGCCUGCCGGGUAGCGUGUCCCCGACUGGGUUGGAGCGAUGUGAGACGUGUGAGAAGGGUUUCUACCAGCCGCACUACGCACAAACCACGUGCAUCCCGUGUCCGGAAGGGUUCACUACGACCAGGAGGGGCGCCAGGGUGCUGGAGCAGUGCAGAGAGCAAUGUCCACCAGGUCACGUGUCUAGGUCCGGUCUGUCACCUUGCUACCAGUGUCCACCAUCUUCCUUUCAGCCCGACUACGGACAGAGCGUGUGCAUCCGCUGUCCUCACGGCUCGACGACCGACCACAGCGCAGCCACGUCCGUCACCGAGUGUCAGGGAGAUCUGGAACUGCAGAGUGACGACGCCAGUGUCUACCAGAAUCAGCAGCAGUUUCUGGAGGCCAGCGAGUGUUUUAACCGCCCCUGCAUGAACGGUGGCACGUGCGUUCCCGAAGAUGGCGGUCUCUAUGUUUGUCAGUGCGCUCUUGGCUUCGAAGGUAUCUUCUGCCAGACCCAGGUGGACCAGUGCGAGGCCAGGCCCUGUCUGAAUGGCGGGGAAUGUGCCCCAGGCCGGGGGGAUAUUUCUGCCAAUGCCCUGCAGGGUUGUCAGAAAUGCGAGCGUGACAUCGAUGAGUGUCAGUCAGCGCCGUGUGAAAACGGAGGGACGUGCGUGGAUGGUGCGAACUCCUUCACCUGUAACUGUCCCAACGGCUACACAGGUGUGACCUGCGAGACCAACGUCAACGACUGUGCGGGUCAGCCGUGUGUCAAUGGAGGCACGUGCCAGGAUGACGUCAGCGGCUAUCGCUGCACAUGCGCGGUGGGGUUCUCGGGCGCCACGUGCGAGAUCGAGACGGACGAGUGCCUGUCGUUGCCUUGCGUCAACGGUGGAACCUGUGUGGACAAUCCCAGCAACUACACGUGUCUGUGUGUUGCCGGCUACACCGACCAGUGUGAACAGGAGAUUUUUGAGUGCGCGUCCAACCCUUGUCAGAACGGCGCCAAGUGUGAAGACCUCAUCAACAAGUACAUCUGCCACUGCAAGGACAGCUAUGCUGGUCCUCACUGUGAAAUCGGUUCGUAUGCUCCUCCUGAAUCACCUAAGCUGGAUGCGCAUUACCAGAUGGACUUCCCAGCAACCUUCACGGCGUUCACUGUCAACUACGCCUCCCUGCCCAUCAACCGACCCCUCGACGCUCUGACGGUUUCCUUCUGGAUGAAAUCUGAUGACAAUGUCAACUAUGGCACACCCUUCUCCUACGCCGUCGCCAACAUGGACAACGCACUCACACUCACAGAUUACAACGGAUUCGUUCUGUAUGUCAAUGGAGAGAAGAAGGUAACUGAUGGAAAAAUGAAUGAUGGCAAGUGGCAUCACAUUGUGGUCACGUGGGCUUCGCGCGGGGAAUGGAAGCUGUACAAGGACGGCGUUAUCUUGGACAGUGGCUCUGAUCUGUCGACAUCUCGGCCCGUACCCGGCAAAGGUAUCUUGGUCAUCGGACAAGAGCAGGACUCGCUGGGUGGGGACUUCAGCUCUACUGAGGCUUUCAUUGGAACCCUGACCCUAUUCAACAUGUGGGACCGGGAGCUGCCUCUGUCGGAUGUGGAGAAUAUGAUGGUUUCUUGUCAGGAUUUUCAUGGCAACGUCAUUUCCUGGCCAGAGGUACAGAAAGCGAUGCAUGGAGGGGUCUCAGCGCAGCCCUCUACGUUUUGUCAAGACUGUCCUCCGCCGACUGCCCCGGAGUUUGGGUCUGCCGACUUUACUUCCUUGGCUCCGGGCUCGCAGGUGGAUUUCUCUUGCAACAGGGGCUUCGAGGUGACUGGCCCUUCAUCCAGUCUAUGCCUUGUCACGAGUGAAUGGAAUUCCUGCACCAACUUGUCAACUCCAGCCACCUCACUCUGUAUUCAAAUUCCAGGUGUGGAGUGCGGUCGUCCGGGUAACAUCGCCAACGGGUACGUGGAAGGCACGCGCUACAGUUUUGACAACAGAGUUCGCUACUACUGCAACAAGGGGUUCAAGAUUCAAGGCUCUGAAACGCUUUACUGCAAUGAAAAUGGUAUAUGGGAAGGAGAAAAACCUACUUGUGCAGAAAUCACCUGCUCCCUACCCCUGUUGUCCACGAACACGGCUGAGGAUCCCGCAAACCAUUUCAAGCCCAGUGAGACGGCCAGUUUCGAGUGCACACCCGGCAACAAGCUUCUGACGAACCACGACACGGUAACGUGCCAGAAGGACGGCACGUGGGACCGUAGCGUGCCCACGUGCGAUCCGCAGAAGUGCGGGGCGCCACCGUUGGUCGACCAGGGCCAGCCCGACAGCAGCAAUGAGGAGUACAACGUGGGCGAGAUCCUCCGCUACAGUUGCGACAUCGGGUACACGCUCGACCAAACCGGGCCCAACCCAACAGGCGCCAUUUCCUGCUUACCCUCCGGCCAGUGGGAGGAGAACCUCCCCAUCUGCCAGCUGGUCCGUUGCGGCGACCCACCGGUGGUCGCUCACGCCACCUACACAGGAAAUGAGAGGACCUUCCUGUCUCGCGUGACUUAUUCGUGCAAGCCGGGAUACAGACUGCAGGGAGACGACACGGUGGAGUGUGUAGAAGAUGCAAGCUGGAGUCCUGAGCCGCCGAGUUGCACACCUUGUGAGCUGUGGAGCGCCUCCAGAGAUUGUGUGGCUGGGGUGGACUACAUCUUUAAUGCUGUAGUUACCUACAGCUGUAAGUCGGGCUACAAGCUGGUGGGCAACAUCCGCCGCCGGUGUAACGAGAGCGGUGAGUGGGAGGGACCCGACCCUGUGUGCAAGCCGGUCAGCUGUGGCCGUCUGACCAACCCGGCCAAUGGCAGGGUCCGGGCAACCGUCAUCACAUUCCAGGCUGAGGCCACGUACGAGUGUGACGAGGGCUACCAAUUACAGCUACAAGGUCCCGCCCAGUACACCUUCGGCGCCAGGGUUGUGUAUUCCUGCCAGAGCGGGUACCGUAUGGAAGGAGAGAGCACCCUUGUUUGCCAAAGUAACGGCAUCUGGUCCGACGAAGCUCCGCAGUGCUUUCCCGUGGAAUGUCCGACACCUCCAAAACUCGUGAAUGGGUCAACUAAAGUUCAGGGGUUAACCUUUACCAGCAAGGUGGAGUAUACAUGUGACGAUGGCUUUGAACUCGACGGACCCUCGGAGCGCACGUGCGGCGCGGACGCGGCUUGGACUGAAUCUGACCCCGAGUGCCGACCCGUCAUGUGCGAGCCACCGCCGCCUCUAGACAACGGCAUCUACGAGUACAAGGAUCUGAAGGUUGGGUCCAUACUCCGCUACAUCUGUAACAGCGGCUACGCCCUCAAAGGCGACGAGGUCAGGCGUUGUCUAGAGGAUCUUUCUCUCAGUGGUAGGGAGCCUUUCUGCGAGCGCAUCACGUGCCCAAAGCCGGAACCUCUAGAAAACGGACUUCUAAUCCUCUCUGAUACCACACUGGUCAUGGGCACCACCGCCAGGUACAGAUGUAACGAAGGCUACCUGCUUCAGGGAGAAGAAUCCCGAACGUGUGGCAACAACAGCCAGUUCAGCGGCUCGACGCCAUCUUGUAAUAUCGUCGAGUGCCCCAGCCAACCAGACGUGAUCGCCAACGGGCAGGUGACGGGAAGCAGUUUCACUUUCGGCUCCAUCAUUAGCUACGCGUGCAACGAGGGCUACCGGCUGGAAGGCGUGGAUAGGAGAGCGUGUCGCGCAGACGGGAGUUGGGAUCAACCAGUCCCGUCUGUCUCAUCGUUGAAUGUCCACCCGUGCGAAUAUCAUUCGGCUCUGCGUCCACAUCUCAGCGAACUUUUGGCACUAACGUCACCUUCAGUUGCCAGGAUGGCUACAAAGUACGGGGCCUUCGGGAACUUACUUGCAUGGCCAGCGGCAGGUGGAGCGGAAGCUUUCCUACCUGCACCAAGAUCACCUGUCCGUUACCCCGUCUCCUUGAAAACGGACGAUUUCGUCUGUAGAAUAGUCACGUGCGAGGAUCUGUCGUCAGCAGUUUUGCCGUACGGCCGCUGGAGAGUGGGAAGGGAAACAGCCAUAUGCCAGCCCGUUUCCUGCCUUUCCCCGGGCAGCCUUCUAAACGGCGCCAUUAGCGGCACAAAUUUCUCAUACAAAGCGGAAGUGACAUACGAGUGCAAAGAGGGCUACAACAUCGUCGGACCGGCCACGAGAACAUGCCAGGAGAAUAGGCUAUGGACAGGAACGACACCCAGAUGUGAAAUCGUGGUCUGCCCAAACUUGGAGAAGAUCGAUGAUGGGGUGGUAGCGGUUGUCUCCAACACUUUCGGUGGAACAGUAAGGUAUUCAUGCUUGUCGGGCUUCUUUCUACGAGGAAAUAUAGAGCGAACCUGCCUGGCCACCGGUCAAUGGUCAGGGACGACCCCAGAGUGUGUGCGCUCUGUCUGUCCAGCGCCGGCAGCCAUCGAAAAUGGGUUCAUCCUGGGCGCUGACUACGGCAUCGGGCGCACGAUCCAGUUCUUCUGCAAUGAAGGCUACAGAACCCUUGGGGUCACCGUGUCUACGUGCCUGCCCAACCUCAUGUGGAGCUCCGGCACGCCCUCCUGCGAACGUGUGCUCUGCCCCGAGCUUGGGCCCGUGCUGUACGGGAGGAUCGUGGGCGACGGGAGGCGCUUCGAGGAUAAAGUACUUUACGAGUGCGAGGAAGGCUACGAAGUAAUGGGGGACGACAUGCGCCAGUGCCAGGCUGACGGUACAUGGUCUGGAGACAACCCCGAGUGCUCUGCCGUCUCUUGUGGGCUCCCACCAAUUCUCGCCAACGCCAUCCCUGAUCUGUCUAACGGAACUAUGUUUCCGGCGCUCAUCCGCUACGCAUGCGACCUUGGCUACGUUGCUAGGGGAAACCCGCAGUCUGCGUGCCUGAGUAAUGCCACAUGGUCAUUCUUAAACUUCAUGUGCGAACUUGCAUCCUGCUCAGAUGUGCCAGACGAAGCUCUUCCUAACGGGAUUAUUGAGCGGAGCAUCAGCUCGCAUAGCGUGAAGAAAGUCUUCACCUUCAACGACGUAAUCCGCUUCUCCUGCCACGAAGGUUUCCGUCUUGAAGGCAGCGACAGCGCCACCUGCCAGGCCGAUGGCACCUGGAGCUCAUCGACACCUAGGUGUGUGGCUAUCACUUGUUCCGAGCCCUCAGCCAUAGCUAACGGGUCUCUUCUCGUGAAAGGAUACGACUAUGGCAGCACGGCUGUCUACGAGUGUCACACAGGGUACCGAGUAACUGGUGAUGGAGUUCUUGUUUGCUCGGGUGACGGCCAGUGGAGUGGCAACAGUGCGUGUGAGCUAGUCACCUGCAACGCACCCGCACUGACUAUUCCUAACGGGCGGCUUUUGUUGCCACGGGUGUCUUACGACUACAAAGACCAGGCCGUUUACGAAUGCGAUGUUGGCUACGAGACUGUAGGAGCUUCAGUUCUCACCUGCGGAGCGGACGGCUCCUUCGUUUCUCUGCCACCCACCUGUGCUAAGAUAAAGUGCCCCCCUCCCGAUCCUCCCACUAACGGUAAUCUGCAGGUGGAGGAGGACGUUUUGGUCUAUUCUUGCCUCCCCGGCUACCAGCUCCAGGGACAGGCACGUCGCAGCUGUCUCCCUACCGGCGUUUGGGAUGGUCAGGCUGCGGUGUGCAUUGCCAAGACCUGCCCGACCCCUGGCCCAAUCUCCGACGGUUACAUGGAUGGAAAAGAGACCACCUACGGAAGUGACAUUAAUUACUUUUGCAACGACGGUUUCCGCUUGGUCGGAACGGCGCGGCUCAGCUGCCUUGCAACGGCCAUGUGGAGCGCAGAGUUUCCCACGUGUGAAAAGGUCAGCUGCGGUCCCGUGCGCCCCGUGGAAUACGGAACGGUCGUGGGAACUUCAUUCCUGUAUCAAGACGUCGUUACAUACCAGUGCGAGCAGGGCUUUUCCUUCACUGGCCACCGCGUGCGCACAUGUCUGGCAAACAGCUCGUGGUCCGGAGAAGACCCCGUCUGUAAAGAGAUUCUUUGCCCGGACCCUCCUGACAUUGAAUACAGCGAAAAUGAUGCCAGUGACGACGAAAACGCAAACUUCGGCCUCGACGUUGUCGUGGAAUACACGUGUGACGAAGGGUACCAGCUGACGGGAUCUACCAGUCCAUCACAUGUCAGGAGAAUGGCACGUGGUCACAGCCAUUUCGUCUGCGUGCCGGUCUCCUGCCCAGCCUUGACGGCUCCAGACAACGGGCACGUGACCGGAGAUGACAUCAUAUUUGGGUCAAAGCUUAUAUUCUCUUGCAACCGCGGUUACCGGCUGGAUGGGAGCGAGACUCUGACGUGCGCUGCUGAUGCAUCAUGGGAUCAACAGCCCCCGACGUGUCGACAGAUAGUCUGCGCAUCCCCGGAAAUACCGAACGGCUCCGCGCGGAUUUCAGAAUCCUCUGAAAACACGCUUGCACCCCUCACUUUCCUGCCGGGACAGACGGUAGUUUUCACCUGUCUUCUCGGCUUUCGUUUAAAGGGAAGCACCGAGUCCACCUGCACCGAGGACGGUGUUUGGAGCAACUUACCACCAGCAUGCGAACGAGUGGCGUGCGCGGCACCUCCUCGGGUGGACAACUCCUUACCCAUGAGCGACAUCGUGUCCUUCGCUGGCAGCUCAAUAACGUAUGCCUGCCAAGCAGGAUACGAUCUUCAAGGGGAGGCAACCAUCGCCUGCGGCAACGAUGGGGAGUGGGAAGGGGUUGCUCCGACAUGCGUGGACAUGACGUGUGGGUGGCCCCCUAACGUCCUGAACGCAGUGGUGGAUAGAUCGGAGCCCGAAACUGCCGCCGGUCAAUUCGUCACCUACACGUGCGAGCAAGGUUUCUCCAUGGCGGACGAACACAACGGGGUGGUUCCGUGUCUGAGGGGUGGAGAGUGGGGACAGGAUCUGCCGCGCUGCGAGCACGUUGACUGCGGCCCACCGCCGGUGCCGUUCUUUGCGUCCGUCACAGUCAAAGGAACCACGGCGGGCAGCACCGCUCAUGUCGCGUGCAACCCCGGUUACCUCCACCCGGAUGGGCAGAAAGUUCUCGACGUGGUUUGUGACAUCAGCGGCAGGUGGGCAGGAUCAGAAGGUGCCGUGUGCAUCCCCAGGGACUGCGGGCCUGUACCCACCUUGGAGAACAGCGCACCCGUUGGUAACGUGAACACGACGUUUGGACAGCAGGUGACGUACCAGUGUCGUUCUGGCUACGUGCUGAGUGGAAACCCCACGCUGAGGUGCGGGUCGAACGGUCAGUGGGAGGGAGCCCUACCAGCCUGCAACGUCAUUUCCUGUGGAUCCCCUCCGACUAGCCUACGGUUCACAGGAACAAACUUCACCCUGGGCGGUGUAGUGAUCCUGACGUGUCCCAGCGGGUCGCAAAUAAAUGGACCCUCAAAACUCACUUGCGGCCAAGAUGGUAGCUGGAGUCCAGAACCUGGAACAUGUCAAGAAAUAACAUGUGGUGCCUUGCCUCUGUCGGAAAACGUCCGUGUUUUGAGCGGAAGUGGCCGAGCUGGCACCGCAGUUGGCAACAUCGUUCAACUCUCCUGUGCUCAAGGCUUCAGGCUACAGGGUGACUCCAUUGUGACGUGUUUGACAGGAGGAAUAUGGAGUUCAACACCCCUACCUGUCUGCUUGAUAGAGCUUUACCCCAUCAUCAAAGACCCUGACUCAAUGUGCUCUGGCACAGUCAACCUGCCAAAUGCCAUGUCACCGCCACAAGGUCACGUGCCUGGAGAGACAGUAGCAGUAACGUGUCGUCCCGGCUACAUACCGGAGGGCGACAUGACGUCACUGUGCCAGAAUAAUAGGACCUGGGCGACACCUAGUGGAGCUUGUGUUCGGUUGUCCUGUGGACCGCCACCUGUUGAAGACGCCACCAGCGUGAAAGUUCUGGGCCGAUCUCAACUGUACGGAGAGAGAGUCAUGUUCAUGUGUAGACCUGGUCUGUCGCCCACACGAAAUCCACCUGCCCUCACCUGUACAGAGAGUGGAGAAUGGGACGGUGUAGCUGCUUGUGCAGCGAUGUGCAAGUUCCAGUGUCAGAAUGGCGCCAGGUGCGUGUCCCUGAACAAAUGCAAGUGCAUGCCGGGAUACGCGGGGAUUCAGUGCCAUCUCCCCAUUUGUGUCUUGCCAUGCUUGAAUGGCGGCAGGUGUGACGGGCCGUACAGCUGUCAGUGUCCGCAGGGCUAUCGGGGAGUCCGCUGCCAGGAAGCUAUAUGCUCCAAACCGUGUCAACAUGGAGGUCGCUGCAUAUCGCCCAAUCGCUGUCAAUGUAUCCACGGUUAUCAGCCUCCAUUUUGCGAGACAUUUCGGUUUCCUGAAGUCCAAGCCAGCUGAAGACAUCCAACCUUUAUCUAGCAAUCAAGCUAAACGCACUUUUUCUGUAAAGUUGUAAAUAGUUGGACUUUCUCAGUAUGCUAAUGUGCCCUUUAUACAUCACACAAGCGUAGACAAAGUUUCCCUUUUCACAAUUAGUGUAUAUUGGCUUGUUAAGACAUACCUUUAAACAAUAGAAAGUUCUAAAGACUUUAACAACAUGCUUGCAUCAAAACAGAGCUCAGUUUUUAAGAACCUUCAUUCACCCCAAUCGUACAAUGGAAAGUCACGUGAGCAGGUUGUAGGUUCAAUCAUUGUGUGUAUUCCACAGAAUGUUUAUAAAAUCCCCAAUAAAUUGUCAAUAUUGUUCAA